AUGCCGAUAAAGUCUCCCUUUGAGUCCUCCAUCGCAAAGCCUGGUCAUGGCAAGGUGGUUCUCUCCCUCCUCCCUCCAUCAAAUCCUUCCCUUACGACCCUCACCUAUAAAUAUCCUCUCAAACUCCUCACUCGGGUCCCCGGCUUCGUUCCGCAGAACUCCGCCCUCUCAAAAUGUCCUUCCAACCCCGUUCACCUCUACCUUCUCACAUACGGCGGAGGCCUGCUACCAGGCGACCACAUCUCUGUCUCCAUUACCCUCGAAGCUCACACCCGCAUGGUCGUGACAACACCACAAGGGAGCACCAAGAUUUUCAAAACUGAGCCCACCAGCAUGAAGGGCCACCGCAGCACUCUCAAACACUCCCUCUCCGACAAAAGUCGGCAAACAUUAGAUGUGCACGUCGGCGAGGGUGCUGCCCUCUGCUAUCUGCCAGACCCAGCUGUACCAUACAAAGACAGCCGCUACGAACAAGUCCAGACGUUCACCGUCGACGGUCUGAACAAGAGCAGUCUCUGCAUUCUCGACUGGGUAACAGAGGGCCGGACGUCCCGUGGUGAGAGCUGGGACUUCCAUCUAUGGCGAGGCAAGAACGAGGUAUGGACUACCACAACAGACGGGAAGGGAGCACUACCAAAGAAGAAGCUGCUGCUCCGAGACUCGCUCAUUCUCGAUGACGAGGUUGACGUGGCCCUUCUUGCCAACGGAGCGGGCGCAUGCGACCGUAGUGAUUUGUUACGGGAGCGUACCCGACCGCAUGGGGUCGUGGGGACUUUGAUUCUCUACGGGCCGGUCUUUGAGAAGCUUGCGUCUUUCAUCAUGGACCGGUUUACCUCGCUGCCGAGGAUUGGCGCACGGAAUUGGGCCUCCUCGGCGCCGGCCGCCAUGGAGUCCACGCCCAACUAUGAUUCUCAGGUGACAUUUACGGCAGCACGGGUGCGUGCCGGGUUUGUGCUGGUGAAAUUUGGCGCGAAGGAAUUUGCAACGGCCAAGGAUUGGCUGGGUGGGAUUCUGCGCGAGGAGGGCACGGUGUUACGCGAGUUCGGCGAGGAGGCGUUGUUUUGUAUGUGA